CGAGAAGGGGCGGAGCGGACUGUGGGCAGAGUAGCUAAGGGACCCGAGCGCGAGGGGGACGCCCGUCUUCUCCUUCCUCUCCGAGAGGCCAACUUAGGAGAGACCAGAAAUGAGUGGAAUGCUAUCUUAAAGAAGUCAAAAAUCUGUUAAAAUCUUUAUAAAUACUACUUAAAUGAAGAAAGAUAAAAAACCCCACAGAAUUCCAACUGAUAAUUACCCCAUUCAGACACUGGUGAAUAUGCCCCUCAGUCCAAGCCGACCUUCCUCCUCAGAGUUGGUGGAACUUCAUGUUUUUUAUGUCCCUGAAGGAUCGUGGAACUAUAAGCUAAAUACCAUUUCAAUAGAAGUUGUUAACAAAUUCAUUUCAGCUGGAUUUAUAAGAGUAUCUCCUCACCUAACUUUACAAGCCCUGAGAGAACGACUUGGUGAGUUCCUUGGCGAAGAUGCUGUUGCAGAAAAAUUUUUAUUUCUGAAAUGCAUUGGAAAUAAUCUAGCUGUGGUGAAGGUAAAACAAGAAUCAGAACUGAAACUCAAAUCAUUUGCUCCUCCAUAUGCUCUUCAACCGGAAUUAUAUUUGCUUCCUAUAAUGGAUCAUUUAGGAAAUAUUUAUUCAGCAUCAACUGUUGCUUUAGAUGGGCGGCAAACUAAUAAUGGUGUUGCUGAGGCUGAUGGAAUAAUCCACAGACCACUUAGAGUAACUUUGUUGAAGGAAGAACCUGGAACAGAUCCCAGUUUUUUAGUAAACACUUUGAAAGAGCUUCUCAACAAGAAUCAGGAAGAAGCAGCAUCAGCUGGGGGGAAAGCCACUCCAAAAGAAAACCAGACUGGAAAAAAUCAAAUUGGAAAUUCUGAAGUUCCAGGAUCAUUGGAAUCGAAUAGUGAUUAUUUUAGCAACAAAAAAAGUCCGUUUCUUUGGAAAAAUGAAGAUGAUGGAGUUAAUAUCAUUAGAACAGAGGACAAUCAGAUAGAUAAAAAAGAGUGUAUCACCCUACCAGAUCUUAUUGAUUUUCCUUCACUUCCUUGUCAACCUGCUCUUUCUCCAGGAAUAAUUGAUAUAUCUUUAUUACAGAUUGAAAGAGAGAAGAUUAUUGAACAGAUGAAACAAGUAAAGGAAGAAAGAAGAUAUUUGGAAAGAAUUAGAGAAGAACUUCUAAAAAAAGUUGAAAAGCUAUGUGAACAGAGAAAAUUGAAGCAAUAUCAUGCCUGUGAUGGUUGGAAGAAAAAAUAUUUGGAAACAAAGAAAAUCACAGCAUCACUAGAGGAUGUUUUAACAAAACUUAGAGAAGAUUUGGAACUUUACUAUAAAAAACUGCUCAUGCAACUUGAAUCCAGGGAGAUCAAGAUGAGACCAAAGAAUUUGGCAAACAUCACAGACUCUAAGAAUUACCUCAUCAUCCAGAUCACUGAAGUACAGCAUGCAAUUGACCAACUUAAGAGAAAACUGGAUACUGACAAAAUGAAACUUAUAAUAGAAGUUAAGAUGAGAAAGCAAGCAGUCUCAGAUUUACGCACAUUGAAAGCUGAACUGGCACAGAAGAAAAUUAACACAUCUUUACAGUCUCCAUUAGGGAGCAUUGGCUGCUGCAGUACAUUCUGACAAUGCCUGACUUUGUUCAUCAUAAGACAUCACAAAGAGAAAGUCACAAGCAUCUGCAAUUCCGGCAUAAUUAUAGCACCUGUCUUUGUACUUUAGAGACCAAGAUACAUCAAAGGUUACCUGCGGGAAAACACAUGCCAUUUUAUGGAACAUGAUCAAAUAUGCUUA